UUAUAAAGUUUUAAUGUUAUUAAACAAAUCAUUGUUUACUUUAUACAGCAUUAUUUUACAAAAGCUCUUUUAAACGAUAAUUUUUCGAGUCAUCUCGGCCCAAAGACAUUUCGUCCAAAAAUUACUUGAGAACAAUAUUAAAAAUGCCUGAAAAUCCUGACAUUUGUAACCAGGGAAAUGAGACUGGGUCUGUGUAUUUUGUGUCCAACUGUGAUGCUGAGAUUGUUAGAAACAGUCUGACUACUGUGAUUAGCCAUGUGAUCAAAGGUAACAAAUAUCCUGUUGUCAUAAGCAGUAAGCGUCAUCUGACAGCUCUGUCCAGUAUCCAAGGUUACCAUCAGUACUUCAUAUCACUGUGUAGAAAGCUGAACCUACUACCUAAUGAUAGAGUGACCCUCAUAUCUCCUAUGGAUCAGUUGAUAGCUAUACAGUUGUGCCUUGCUGAAAAGAGUAAAGAGGAAACCGGAGAUUUUGAUGUCGAGACCAGUAUUGUACUGCAAGCAGUAAAGGAUAUUACAAAUAAAAAACUGCUGAGUCAGUAUGACAUCACUUCCUGUAGCAAGGAUUCUGGGAUAUGUGAGCUGUAUGACAAGUUCCUGAAAGACUGUAACUACCUAGAUGGUUGUGAUGUGUACAAUGUGUUGAAAAAAGAGAUGAGUAAAAACGAGGAGUUACAAAAGCUGAUCAAGGAACAAAGUUUUUUGAUUCUGGAUCCACCUAAGUCAAUCUUGGAGAGAAAGAUGGUAGAAUUUCUUGCUGAAAACAAAGAUGUUAAAUCAGUAACUGUUGAAGUGCCUCUAGACUGUGAGGAGAAUAUUUCUGUUACUGUUGACAACAGUUGCUUAGCAACUGUGCUAGAUGUAAAUGUUCCAUUGAGCACAGUAAAGAAAGCACCAUCAAUAACAGAGGCUUAUGUACGUCUGGUGUUCCUGUCCUACCUUGAACUUAUUGUGAAUUCAAGAUCAGAACUUGCUUUGGCUAGAGUAUUCAAUGUUCCAGAAAGGGAGUUAACUCAUUCAGCCUUCACUGCUGUUAAACAUGAAUCAAGGCAAAAGAAAAUGACAAUGUAUCAGACUGCCACAUCAUUUAUUAUGAAGAUAAGACUUGGUGGAAAGGGUUAUGCCCCGGACUGCAACAACCCCCUGGGAGCCCAUGUGAAGGGUAUUGGAGAAUUUGUAUCUCUCAUGCAUAGGAUGGAGACUGUCAUAGAGGAGGACCCUGAUAUCAGAUCAGCCUGUAGGAGGACGGUGAACAUUCUGAAGCGAGAGAUGUUGAAGUGUAGGGACAGCAAAAUACGGAACUCGAAUGUCGAGUCCGUGUCCCAAUUACUUCAUGCACAGAUAGCGGACAUCAUUGAUGAGCUAGAUAAAAACAUUGUUGUAACACCUGAUAAGACUGCAGCUAAUGGAGGUUCUCUAACCAGUCGACGGGCUCGGAAAGCGCUGCGUCAACUGUUAGAUAAACUUGCGACGGUAGAUGAUGACAUGUCAUCACUGGAUCACCUGACAGACAUUUACUCGAGCCAGCGCACGCCACUCAGAUUUCCUUCCGUUAUCUCACAAUUCAGAUCACCAGAAGAAGAACUUGAGGUGACAAGUCCUGGUAACAAAUAUAAUCUGUCACUAUCAGAACGUGUUCUCAACAUCACCAACAAAGCACAGACACCUGUAUAUGCCAAAAGGUACAAGUCAACUUAUGAUUGGGCAGAUCCAGUUCACAAUGUAGAUGUGCAAAAAGAUGUAGAUAUUUUCAGUGCAUCUCAAGUUUAUGUAAUUCCAAGUAAAACAAUUGUACACGCAGGAAACAAGUUUAGCUCAGGGGAAGCAGCAAAAGUUUUGGAAACCAUACUUGAUCAGGAAAAUCUUACAGAAACUGAUCCAGUUCUUGUUCCUACCAGCUCAAAAAGCUCAGAAAAUGAAAAAACGGUGUCAACCAAUCAGGAAAACACAAAACAAAACAACAAAAAACAACAUGAGAAGCAGUCUAAGAAGAGACAGUUACAAGAUGGGAACCAGUCUAGUCAACCAGAGAAGAGAAAAAAGCAGGACCAGUCCAAGUCAUGUAGAAGGAAGUUGCUACCUCAGGUCAAAGGUCAACAGUCAUUGGCCAAAUUUUUCAGGGUGUAAUUAUGAUGAAUUUUGCUAGUCAUUAAUAUGUAAUGUCUGAUUUUUAAAUUUGAUUUUUCUUUUUUCUCUCCAAUGCACUACUUCUGCUUAGAAAAGCAUGUAAUUCCUGUAACAAGAGAGGUGGCUUUGUAGAUAUCUCCUUUUUAAUCUGAAGAUAAUUGGUUUAAGCUCUUCUGUAUUCCAUCCUGUGAAAUCAGUUCUACCUAUUUCCAGGACUGAGUCACAAUUCAUAAAAUGUGUUUUCGCUAAAAAACUUUUCAAGAAGUUUUCUUAUAUGUUUCAAUUUUUUUUUAAAGUUUUAAAAUAUUUUCAAAAAUUGGGUUUAAAUAUAAGUGAUGGUAAUUUGAUUUUUUUGUGUGUGUUUUUAAUUUUAUAUUUCAUGCCAGUUAUUUUAGCAUUUAUUAUAGUGAUAUUAUUUAUUCUGGAUAUUAUUAUAAAAUCUUUAAUUUAUUCUUGUAUAUUGAUCAUUUUUGUACAUAUGUUUAUAAUUUUAGUCAAAUUUACAGGUACGUUUUGUUUUGUUAUGCAUUUUUUACAUCUUAGGAUAACUUAGUUUUACUGUUAUUAAACACAUAGCUAACAAUAUUGAAUUAAAGACCCAUUUCAACCUUUAAGUCUGUGCAGUCUGACCAGGGCCUAUUAUAUACUGUUAGCUGACUUAAGCUGACUUCAGAAUUUCAUCCAUAUGUCCAUAGGAUAAAAAGGUCAAAAACCAACACAAUUUAUCAAAAACUUGUUUCACUUAAAAAAUAAGCUUCAUCAAUUGAUAAAUAACAAAGGAAAUGACGAAAAUGUACCAAACAGAGUUCUAUAUCAGUAGAUGCAACAUUUGGCGCGUAAAAGAAAUGUUAUAUAAUAAGAUAAGUUGUUUAUUGCUGUUUUGUACAAUAA